AUGCAAUCUAGCCUGGUCUAUCCAGAAGAACCAAUCACAAACAGACCGCUACUCUACGAAUACACAGAAAAUACUACAGCCAUUCUUCACUUAAAGACUUUGGAAUGCAACUUUGUUAGACGUCUGGGACAGAUUUGUGGGAAUGUUAUUUUCACUUUUUUUUCUUUAUUUUUAAGUAUAUUUGCCGAGUUAUCUCUCCUGAUACAAUCUAUCUCAGUCUGUUUCAAUCUAUCUAUCUAUCUCUCCCAUCUGUUCAUUUCUAUCUAUCUAUCUAUCUAUCUAUCUCAGUCUAUUCUAUUUAUCAUAUCUAUCUAUCUAUCUAUCUAUCUAUCUAUCUAUCUAUCUCCCUCUGUCCAAAUCUAUCUCAGUCUGUUCAAAUCUAUCACCGAGUCUGUUCAGAUCUAUCUAUCUAUCUAUCUAUCAUCUCACUCUAUCUUUCUAUGUAUCUAUCUCAGUCUGUCAAUUCUACGUAUCUAUCUAUCUAUCUAUCUAUCUAUCUAUCUAUCUAUCUAUGUCUGUUCAAAUCUAUCUAUCUUAACUGUUCAAAUCUUUCUAUCUAUGUAUCUAUCUGUCUUUUCCAGUCUAUCUCAGUCUGCUCAAAUCUUUCUAUCUCAGUCUGUUCAUUUCUAUCUAUUUCAGUCUAUUCCUAUCUAUCUAUCUAUCUAUCUAUCUAUCUAUCUAUCUAGCUAG